AUGUUUGAUGCAGGACUGGACCCUGCAGCCCAGCUAGAGCUCCAGCGACAGCUUCAGGAUGAGCGAAGAAAUGAGAUACAUGCAAAGUACGCUACCGCAAUAACAAAUAUGGUCCAAGCAGAAGCGGGGAUAUGCGCUGUAAAUAGGGCCAAAAUCCAGUCUAUCUGGCGCGACCGCCUCCGAUCGGUUAAGAAGACCGAGCUUAUCAAGCAAAUAGAGUCAUUGAUUCAAGACUUUGACCAUCAAGUAGAUAGGAAGGACGCGUUUAUCACACUUUUAUCUAGAUACAUAUCUAUUGCGGAAGAACAACGUCGACGGUGCAUCAGGACACAUCUUUCAACCAUGGACGGCAUCCUUGCGCUGCUCCAGGAGCGAAGUGCUCUAUUUGAAGAAUCCCUGGAAGAUAAUAUCACCAGGCUCCAGGCGCAGUUUGACCAAGAAAUAGCAGCUCUCAAGAAAAGCUAUGACGCACGAGAGCGCCUGCUUCAAGAAAUCAAAAGCUCCACUCAAGAGCAAGAAGACCAACUUAUUCAGCAACUGAACUCCUCAUACUCCAGCAAGAUAUCAGAAUUAAAGAAUCAGAGCCAAGAAACAUGCAAUGUUCUGCGUUUAAAUCUUGAAGAAAUAAACGCUGAUUUGGAACGGCACCUCCUCGACGCCCACGAAAAGUAUCGCGCAAACACGGACACCAAGCAACACCAGUUUAAGGUUCUUUUAUUGAAGGAUCAACAGUCUUCCUUGGCGAUCGAGAGGCAGAAGCAGAAAAUUGAGAGAUUGUCCAAGGCGAUUGCGCACUGGAGAGCCAAGAUCCAAACCACAACAGAGGAGUUUAGAGCCAAGAAUGCCCUUCUCAAAAAGGAGAAAGAGGCCACCUACCUGGAGUUUGUAGAGCUUAAAAAGAAGUUGACCGCCUAUCGCAACUCUGAGACAGGACGGAUGAAAGCUCUAGUUCUGGCUGCACACGAGGCAGAGGACCGAAUCAUAUCACUCAAGGAGAGCGCUAAUAAAAUCAUAAGAGUAUCGACACUGUGCACACGACUAGAAACAGAGGCUGAGCGGGUGAACGAAGUAGAUAGAAUAGAUGAUGAGACGAAUAGGCACAUAAACGACGAGUGCAAACACGACGAGAUGGUGACCACAUCUUACCUAAAUGUAGGGGAUAAUUUUCUGGGAAAGGAUGCGAUGGUGGCCGUGGGCGAGCUUCGCUCAAUCUAUAAGAAGUUGAGCAGAGUAAGUAUUGACCGAUUGGCCCUCGAAAGAGAAAGCGUUCUUCUUGAGCGGGAAAAUCGUGAGCUUCGAGAGGCGCUUCAGCGCUUCCUGAGCACAAGUGGGAUGGGGGUGAAAAAGUAA